AUGCAGAGCUUGCAUGAGCAUCCUGAUGUGCCAGGGCUAUUGAUUGCUCCUUGCUAUUUGUCCAAAGAUGAGCACGAUAAGUUGCUUGCCAUCAUCAAAGCUCUUCCCUGGCCUGUGUCGCACCACAAGACCACUGGGGUCGGCAAUCCUCUGACGAGAAAGGCAUUGCAUUAUGGCUAUACGUUUGACUACAAGACAAUGGGCGUAGAUCAGCAGAUCCCAUUCAAACCAUACCCAGAUUGGCUCAGAGAGACCUUCCCAGUCGGAAGUCGGGACUUGUCAUUGAAUGAGGAUGAAGCACUCGUCAAUGGAUAUCAGGAUCCGGAUCAAGUCACAAUCCAGUACUAUCCGCCUGGCUCAGGCAUUCCUCCACACUGUGAUACACACAGCACAUAUACUCAUCUGUUCGGGUUGUCACUUGGCAACCCAGUGACGAUGGACUUUCGACAACCUCGUCCAGAGGGCAGAUUCGAAGUCCCUGUAGAUCUUGUACCUGGUUCAAUGAUUCGCAUGUCUGGAGCAUCUCGCUAUGAGUUUGAGCAUGGCAUCAAGAAGCGUCGUUCGGAUCCAUGGCCCGUGGAGCAUCACCUAUCGUUGGCUGCGAGGCGACGGCAUUGA